AUGCCUUCUCCAUUGGCAGACCCUGUCAAGCUCCCUUGUGGGCUUGUUCUACCCAACCGUCUUUCCAAGGCGGCAAUGGCUGAGAUGAUUGCCAAAACCAAUGAGCCAAACCAAACCCUCUCCGAUGCCUAUGAUCAAUGGUCGCAAGGCGGAUGGGGCAGCAUCCUCACAGGCAAUGUCCAAGUCGAUGUAAAUCACCUAGGAAGUCCCUUCGACCCGGCCUUGCACGCCGAAUACAAAGGCGAAGAAAAACUAGUUGCGCAAUGGAAACACUACGCCGAUGCAUGCCAAAAGCACGGCACACCGGCCAUCGUGCAGGUCUGCCACCCAGGUCGCCAGUCGUUCCGGGUUGCAGGCCACCGCGGUAUCUGGGCGAGUACCAUCGCGCCUAGUGCCGUUCCUAUUAACCUGGGUAGUGGUCUGCUGGAGCGCUUUAUUGCGGCUUUGGCUUGGACGGCACCGAGGGAGAUGACCCGUGCUGAGGUCGAGAGGGUUAUUGCGCAAUUUGUUGAUACUGCGCGACUUAUGGCUGAUGCGGGAUUCUCGGGUAUUGAGUUGCAUGGUGCGCAUGGAUAUUUGAUUGAUCAAUUCCUGAGUGGAAAGACAAACCUCCGCACAGACGAAUACGGCGGCACACCUGAGAAACGCGCCCGCUUCGUCUUGGAAAUCCUGUCCCAAACCCGCAAAGUAGUUCCAAGCACCUUCUGCAUUGGUAUAAAGCUCAACUCAGCAGACCACAGCUCCGACACUUUCGAAGAAACAAUGACACAAAUCAAACUCCUCGUCGAAGCCGGCAUCGACUUCAUGGAGAUCAGCGGCGGAACCUACGAGGACCCCAAGAUGAUGGGAUAUCCCACAAAAACCGAGACCGAGUCAACAACCGCACCAGCCAAGUCCGAGCGCACAGCUGCGCGGGAGGCGUUCUUCCUUGAGUUUGCCAAGGAAGUGCGCAAGCGGCACCCUAGAUUAGUGCUGAUGCUGACUGGCGGAUUCAGGAGUCGGGCUGGUGCUGAGUCGGCGAUUCGGGAUGGGGCUUGUGAUCUCGUGGGUAUUGGGCGACCUGCUGCUAUUGAUCCUAAGUUUCCGUUGUUGCUGCUUGAUGAGAGUGUUGAGGAUGAGAAGGCUGCGCUGCAAUUGAACAAGGUGCCUCCGCCGUUCUAUGCGCGGUGGUUGCCGAGGAACUUGAUUGGAGCUGGGGCUGAGAGUACUUAUUACUCCGGUCAGAUCCAGCGGUUGGCAAAGGGCUUGGCUACUGUUGCACCGGCAUUGUAG